AUGGGUGAUGAUGAAGGUUUUAUUAGAGAUGUAAUAGGUGUGAUAAUCGGCAUAUUUUGGGGGCGGGUUCACGCGCCUCGUGGUGUGAAGGUGACGUGUUGUGGCUGCGGCAUUCAGCGUGCGCGACGUGACGCUGCUUCGCAACCCGUGGACAGUGCGCGACGCGAGCGCGGGCCGGCCGCACACCGCUUCCACCCACGGACAUGCGCUAUUGAUGCCUAUACAUCGCCUAUCAGUAGGCUAUGUACAUGGCGCGAAAAUACGCAGUUUAUGUGA